GUUUUAUCUGGCCUCCUUGCACUUGUACUUUGAUCGUUGCAUACAGGUUAUUAACACACAGAGGAGGGACAUUCUAUGUAGACCUGUAUCAACAGUCCACACCACUUUAAACCUUGGAUUGGUCUAUGAUGUAGAGACCUAUAUUGUACAUGUACAUGAACCAAUGUAUCAGAUUUUGAUCUGAGUUGACAAUGAAUAUCUCUGCUGGUAGUUUAUGUGUGCUUCAGUUUAUAUCCUGUUCUGAUCCAGCCAAGUUGGAAUAAUGGAAGGUGUGUUUUCCUCAGGAAGCAAGCGAAAAAUUCAAACUAGUGUGAACAAGGCAAUUAAUUCACAGGAAGUCCCAGUCAAGGAGAAACAUGUCAGAAGUAUCAUCAUCGGAACCUUCCAGGAGAAGGGGGCGUCGACCUUCUGGAGUGUGGUGUGUAGGUUACCGGUCCAGGGUAACCCGGUGGUAUGCUGGAAGUUCUGUCACACCCUUCAUAAAGUACUGCGAGAGGGCCAUGAAGAGGCUCAGAAGCAGCUAAGACAACACACAGAUCAUUUGAAAGAUCUUGGAACAAUGUGGCAUCAUUUCCAUGAUGGUUAUGGUAAGCUAAAUGCUGCUUACUGCACUCUCCUCAAUACCAAAUUGGAAUUCCAUAGAAAGAAUCCUUCCAUGCCAGGCAAUCUCGUACUUCAAGAGCCAGAGAAAGAUAUUGAAAAAAUGUGUGAAAAUGACAUCAAUAAUUACUUCCAGAUGUCUGUUGAAAUCUUUGAUUAUUUAGAAUCCCUCAUCACACUGCAAGCAGCAGUUUUCCGAUCAUUUGACAUGUCCAGAGCAAUGUCCGGUACUCCCUCUGGUCAGUGCCGACUUUCACCCCUCAUUCCUGUGAUCUUAGAUUCUGGUCAGCUCUAUGACUUCAGCGUCAGAUUACUAUAUAAACUACAUGCUUGCUUGCCAUCAGACACACUUGAAGGUCAUAGAUCACGUUUCCUGAAGCAAUUUCAUGCCUUGAAGGAGUUCUACACCAAAUGCAGUAGCAUCAUUUACUUCAGAAGACUUAUCCAAGUUCCCACAUUACCUGCAGAUCCUCCAAACUUCUUUGUAGCAGCCAUGAAUCAGGACACAUACAUCAGCCCAGCUGUAAUGCUUGCCAUUAAUGAAUCAAUGAAUGAUAGCAGUGGAAGAGAUAGCCCUCCGCCUCCAAGUGAAGCAUCAAUUGAAGAGCCUGCUUUUGAAGAACCUGUUACACAUAGUGCUAUGUUAGUAGACCUCAUGUCAUCUCCACCCCCACAACAGAAUGGACAGUUCCAACAACAACAAGUCCAACAGAGUGGUCCAGAUGAAAGAGAUUGGAUUAUUGAGCAGUUGAGAGACGAGGUAAAUCAACUCAAAUUUGAACUUGACAGAACCAAACGAGAAGAUCAAAGAAUUAUUGAAGAACUUAAGAGAAGAUUGAUGGAAAUGGAACAAGAAAUGAAUGAACAUCGGACGGUGGUUGAGACACAGUGUGAGGAAAAUGAGACGCUACGCGACAAAGUAAAGGAACUAGAGUCUGCUGCUCUUAUGGUUUCUGAAGAAAAAUUAGUUGAUGCAGAAAGACGGUCAAAAGUAAAUGAGGAAAGGUUUAAAAAGAUGAAAGAUGUGUACACUAAGCUAAGAGAAGAACAUCUAUCUCUUCUGAGAGUGAAUGCUGAAGCUAAUAAGCAACUGACGACGGUAUCUAAGAGCUCAGAGGAGAUGGUUGCUGCAAGAGAUACAGCUGAAAAGACUGUUGAGAAGCUACAGAUGUCUAUAGCUCAAACAGCAAGUAGAGAAGCCCAACUCAAGAGACAGAUGGAAGAACAAAGGAAAAAAUUGCUUGCCAAGGCUGUAGAAGGUGCUGAGGAGACACUAAAGCUAAUCAUCCAACAGAUGGAAGAUCCUCAGUUUGCUUCAGCAACAUGUACACCAGAAUAUCUUCAAAGUAGAGCCCCUAUAGCUGAUGAAUGUGUGGAUAAUCUGGAGAGAUCCUAUAACUCUUACCAGCAGAACAGCAACGAUUUUGGAGGUCUGAUUGGUUCCAUUGCCUCAUUUUCUCAUUCACUUGGUGAAUAUCUGCUGCAGGGGAAAGCCACAUCAAAUCUUGCUCCUGUUAAUGUUGGGGAAAGAUUAUCAUCCAAUUGCCUUGCGACUUGCAACAGUGCCUUGACAGUCCUUCAGUCAUUGAAAGAAGAAGAUCAGCAAAACUUUACCCAGAAUGAAAACAAUUUGAGAGAUAAACUAAGAGAUAUCUCUCAACUUACACAGGAGCUGAUAUCUGAGGAGACAAGUAAAACAGAAGAGAUUGGUGAUCUUGUAGAGGCAGAGAUGCAGUCAACAUCGGACCUCGUUGAUCAGGCGGCUAUUAGGAUAGAGGAGAUGUUGAAGAGGUCAAGAGAAGCAGAUACCGGUGUAAAGCUUGAGGUGAAUGAGAGGAUUCUAGAUUCCUGUACACAGCUUAUGAUCUGUAUCAAAGAACUCAUCACCAAGUCAAAAUCACUACAGCAAGAAAUUGUAGCAAGCGGAAGGGGAACAGCAUCAGCAAAGGAAUUUUACAAACGUCAUCAUCGAUGGACAGAAGGUCUUUUGUCUGCUGCCAAACUGGUUGGGGUUGGAGCUUCUCAUUUAGUGGAUAGUUCUGACAAGGUUAUGAGUGGAACAGGCAAGUUUGAGGAGCUUAUGGUGUGUUCUCAUGAGAUAGCAGCCAGUACAGCCCAGCUGGUUGCAGCAAGUAAGGUCAAAGCAGACAAGGGUAGUGCUAACCUUAAAGGUCUUCAGGUAGCAUCAAGGAAUGUUGCAACUGCUACGGCAGGAGUGGUGGCCUCGGCAAAGACAGGGGCUCAGAUGAUUGCAGAAGGAGAUUCACCUGACUUUACAAAACUGAAGCUUACCCAGACAAAGCGAAUGGAAAUGGAGGCUCAGGUAACAGUCCUGGAGUUGGAGAGUAAGCUUGAGAAGGAGCGUGUUCUCCUGGCAGAGUUACGCAAGCGGCACUACCAGCUAGCAGGAGCUUCCGAGGGAUGGGAGGAAGAGGAUGAUGUUGACUUUGGAGGACAAGGAGAAUACGCUGAUCUGGUGUAGAGAAGACACAUGUGCUCAGUUUGUAGAUGAUAGUAGGUGAUGAGAUUAUGUGGAUAGACAUGGUACAACCGUAGAGAAUGUUGACAGAGAUGGCUGUGACAAGUAAACUAUGCGGGUAUUAUCAUGGGGAGCAUUUCAUUAAAGAAAUGGUCAGUGAUUUUUAUUGACAACUGCAAUAAGUUUCUGAAAUCCUUGCAUCUGAUUGGCUUAGAGAAAAAUGUAUCAGUGAAAUUUACUGACAAGAUGCUUCAUGGAACACAGUCCUUACAGUGGUCUCCCAUGCCAUCGUCACUUAUGUUGUCAAACAUACACCAUUUCAUUGGGUUUGUUUAGAUAUUGUUUACUUUGAAACAAACAAAAAUAUUAAUGAUACCUUACAUUUCAUGUAAUAUUAUAUAUUCUUGCAAAAUGCCAUUGUCCAUUCAGUCAUUCAUAUCAGCAAUACCAAACACUUUGAUAAUGUUGACAUUGUGGCUGCAAAUGUCUUAUGUUAGAAAAUAAAAGUUUUCAAAAUGAAAUUUCAAUAUUUCACCUUUUCAAGGUCAUGUUCCUGCAAACCAAAAGCUUUCUAAAACCUUUCCUCAUGGGCAGUAUUUCUCUGUGUUGUGGUUGAAAUCCUGUAAUAUUUGCUGUGGCUCAGUGUUUAUAGAGCCAUGAUAUAUAACCAGAAAUUUUGGAUUCAAAGCCAUGUUGGUGUC